AUGGCUACAACUUCAAGGUUUCUACGGAAAUUGCCGAGGUUUCUCAAGCUUUCUCCAACCCUUCUCCGUAGCAAUGGCAUAAGGUAUUCAAGCAAUUUGGUUCAGGAUUCUUUAGAACCUUUGGAAUUCUUUUGGCGAAUAGGAUCUCUAAUCCGCAAUGAUUCUUUAACUUCAAGAAGUUUCUCCUCUUCUCAAGGUCCUACUUCUGUCGAUUACAGUUCGGUUUUGCAGGAGGAUGAGUUUCACAAAUUAGCCAACUUCACUAUAAAUGAUCUCCUUGCGAAAAUUGAGGAUUAUGGUGAUGAUGUUCAGAUUGAUGGUUUCGACAUUGACUAUGGGAACGAAGUUCUCACCCUUAAGCUUGGAUCGUUAGGCACAUAUGUGGAAUUUUGA